AUCGUUCAAUACAUAAAUCAGCAUUUUUCACAGUAUGUCGUCAGGUGAUACGCAAGCCAAGGGAUGGAAUUGUACAUCCUACCCGGCCUUGGUAGCAAACCCUGAUAUUGGAGGUAUCGGAAUAAUAUUGACAUUUGUUAUUUCAGUAUAUCUAACUCUAAUAUGCUGUGUGGCCAAAGCUAGAAUCGAUCAUCUCCGUUCUCCAAAUGAAAAUACACCCAAACUGGAUAUUUGGUCAUUUACCCUUAAAAAUUUGAUCCUAAAUUUCAGCGACCAACAAGUCGUUUUAGGAAUCGCGGUUCUCAUAGCAGGAGUAUCUCAAUUACCUUCGGGACUUGAUUCUUAUCACUGGCAAACGGUAUUAAACCUGGCUUGGUUUUCAAGCUUUACACAUGUAUUGACUCUUACAGCUUUAAGGGCGGAGAACUACUCUAACAAUAAGAACAAAGCCAUUCGUGUAAUUGCUAUGGGAGUUCUAGGUGUUAUACUAAUGUGUAUGGUGCAUAACUGCUGGAUGGGUCAGUGGAACUGUAAUAGACGUAUCUUUAGAUACAACUGGACUUAUGUUGUGCUCGCUUUUGUCACACUAGUUUUCAGUUACACAACACGGGCAUUAUUGUUAUACUUUGAAAGUAUUGGUCAAGCGAUGACGUUGAUGGCCAAAUUUCUAUGGCUUGAUAGUUUAGCCGGCCUCUUCGGGAUCACAAAUAUGAAAUCAAUAGGAUCAAGAUUAAAUGGGAUGGGAAGGCAAAAGUGGAGCUAUAGACUUUUACGAUCUCUGUAUGCAAUAUCUUUUGCCUGUAGGCAGACCUUUGACUCAACGAUAUGGGAGCCGGGAUGGCUCUCUUUUGCUCUUGUUUGGGGCACAGUUCGUAUCUUUACUAUUCGAGAUCUUCCCAAUUCUCAAGACAAUCUGGAUUCGUCCGAAUCAACGUCUGCUAUACUUUCGGAAGAGAAUGAUUGGGGAUUUGGACAAGUACUUGGCUUAUCACUUAUGAUCUUACCACUAUUAAAAGCAUACUCGUCCCCUCGGGAUGCGACGUCUCCACGAAAGAAAAUUUUCACUGAUGCACAAGCAUCAUCUGAUACCUCUAGUGAUUACGGCAGAUUGCCAUUAUCCAUUGAUCUGUCCCAGACCUACACUUCAACCUCAACCAAUCUGCAGAAAAGUCAAGUCAGGAUCGAGAUCGAGAUCGAAAAUGAACUUUGGUUCCGAAAAAUAAUUUACAUCAUUUAUCUCCUCUCAGUAGGUACUGGAGGAAUGACAAUAUUUAUAAGCCUAUUCGAAGUUCCAUCCUUUCUAGGCUUAGGAGUCUUCCUAAUAUAUCUUGAAUGGAUGUUUGUUGAUCUUUUCGUAUUGUGGUUGGCGAUAUUAAUAUUCAUAGAUCAUGAUAUUCAAAAGAAUUUGACGAAGAGCUGGAUUGGGAAAGUAAUGAACAAGAUGCCGUGGUUUUGGUGGUGCCUUUUUGUGCCUUUCUUGGUUACAUUGUGUUUUGUAGUUUGGCUUGUGAGUGUUUUUCUACUUAUAAAAGGAUUGGAGAUAAUUGCACAUAAGAGUUGGGAGUCUCAUUCGAGGAAAUUGAGGGGGGUAAAAAUGAUUAGUACAAGAAUGUACGAGGUGGAAGAUCAAAUCAACAAAUAUGUGUAUUCCAGAUUGGCCGCUAUAAAGCCUCGAUUUCUAUACGAUGUUUUGAUUAGAUUUUGCUUAGAUGGAAUUCAGUAUAUAAGAUAUGUCUAUUCACUAUACACAUAG